AUAUGCGCACAUUCCUUAGUAUCAAGUUAAGAUCCAGUGCGAAAAGUCAUUUGAAGUUUUGGUUUUGUGUUUUCAAAAAUUAUGGUGGCACCGGCAGUCAAACAGACAUGGGCAAUGAUGGGGGUGUUGCUGAAUAUGCUGGGGCAGGGCAUGGUGCUGGGUUUCCCCUCCAUCCUGCUGCCGGCCAUCCAGGCUCCCGACUCCGAGGUAAAGGCUGACCUAAAAGUCGCUUCUUGGGUAGCAUCAUGCGUAGCACCAGCCGGCAUUCCUGGAUUCUUCCUAUCAUCGUACUUAAUGGAUCGAAUCGGGAGGAAAUUCACUCAUAUCACAGUUAUGAUACCAGGCAUCAUUGGGUGGUGUUUUAUCUACUUUGCCUCAAAUAUAUCUACCUUGAUUAUUGGAAGAAUUCUCUGUGGGUUCACGGGAGCAGGUACCGUCAUAUUGGGAGCGGUCGUUAUAGGAGAAUAUUCAAGCCCAGCUAACAGAGGAAUGUUCCUAAAUCUUAAAACUACAGCAGUAUGUCUAGGUAAUAUGGCGGUACAUAUUCUUGGCAACUAUAUAACGUGGAAUCAAAUGGCACUCAUAGCCAUGAUUCCUCAUAUCUUGGCAGUUUUAAUAGUUUUCACGUGGCCAGAAAGCCCGGCUUGGUUGGCAUCCAAAAAGAAGUUUGAAUCAAGUGAAAAAUCAUUCUAUUGGCUUCGAGGGACGGGUCCAGAAUCGAAAAAGGAACUAGAAGAACUAAUAAGGGCACAAAAAGAAAGAGAUGAUCAGGAAAAAUCAAUGACUGUAUCAGAAAAAUGUUUGGAGAUGAUCAACAAGUUUACGAGGAAAGAUUUCAUAAAACCCUCGAUUAUACUGUUAUUCGCUGGCAUCAUUCUAGAAGCUUCCGGAAGGCACUAUUUUGCUGCAUACGCGUUACAAAUAAUUGGUGAAGUGACAGGGAGUAAAACCAAUUCUUUUUACUACACUUUAGCAAUUGAUAUCAUUAUAACUACAGCUUCUACGUUCUCUGCAGUUUUGGUGAAGAUUUUCAAACGGAGAACUCUUUUCUUCUGGAGUGGAUUUACAGCUUUGUUUAUAUUAGUGUGCGUCUGUGUGUAUUUAUUCCUUUCAGCGAAUGGAAUAAUAUCUAAAGAUAGGCCAUGGAUACCUGUAGGUUUAUUCGUUGUAUACUUUAUUCUGUCUAACUUAGGGCUCACUGCGAUUCCUCUUGCAUUAUUAGGAGAGCUAUAUCCUUUAGCACAUAGAGGUGUAGGAGCGGCAGUUUCAGGUAUUAUCUUAGGUUUAGCUCUUAUGGUAGCCAUGCAAGUAACACCAUACUUGCUGCUAAGUGUGAAGGUACAUGGGACGUUUGCGGCUUAUGGGGCAGCCUUGGGGUUGUGUUUAGUUGUUAUGUACUACAUUCUUCCGGAGACCAAGGACAGAACUCUCCAAGAGAUAGAGUACUACUUUAAUUUCGGAAAGUUCAGGGAUGAUAAGAUUGAUAAUGAUGAGGAAGCGAAAAUGAAGAUGAUAUCUCACCCAAACUAAAUUUUGACGUUUGAAGGGCCAACGCAAGUACAGGCAGAAUUGAGUAGAAACGAAUCAUUUCUUAAACUCAGUUUUAUGUACAUACCUAUGAUUUUUUGAAUUAUAGACUAGCGCUUGGCUGCAAUCAGACCUGCUAGCAAGUGAUCAUGCAGCCUAAGAUGUAGCACGCUUGCCUAGAAGAUGCCUAUUCACUCUUAACUUGAAGGACCACGUGGAAGGAAAAAAUGAUGCCGGAAGGGCGUUCCUGAAGGUAUCCUAGCGGUUCGAAUUAGAAUUUGGAAGCAAAUUGCUUCAUACGUGUAGGUUACGUGGAAUUUUGACUACAUAGUACAUGCGGAAUUGUGGAUAAAUUACAAUGGAACCAAAUGGUAAAAUAAUUUUUACACUUGGUAACGAUAUCACAUCACUUUCCAUCAGGUGUGAUUGUGGUCAAGCACUUGCCUAUAUUGAAUAAAAAAAAUUACAAUAACAUUAUCCUAAUCCUGAAACGUACCUAUACUCUGCAUUCGUGUCAUUCUCUCUAAGUUAAGUUUUCUGAAUGUUUCACUUCCAUGUGAAACGCGCAUAACAUGUAGGUAUGUGUUUUAUUGUUCAAAAACGUUUACAUGGUGUUUAAUACAAAAGUACACUAGCCAUCCAUUCUAGAAAGCUUUAAAUGUUUAAGUAUGUGAUUUUUGCCGCAGUGAUAAGAAUAUGACUUAAUAUGAAUAAGAACCGUACUACGUACUUAGUACUGUUUUAGUGAUAAUAAAGUUAUUAAGAUAAGGAACUAUUAGCAUAGUAUUAAAUGUUAAGAAAUUAAGUAGGGACCUGUUAAAUAUAAAUGUAUG